AUGGGCUGCGGAUCAAGUAAAAAUUCUCGAGUUGUGUCACCUUUUAGUAAGGCUCUGGUGCUGCCACAUCUGGCAUGGGCAGGAAAUAAAUCAAGUCUAAAACCUAUUAUGUUAAAGAAAAGGCCCGAAGGGCUGCUUGUUGAUCUUGGCAUUCAAGUUGAACAAGUUUUUGAACUUGUUGAUACUAUGACUCAAACAGAUAUUGCUUUGUACCCGGAUGAAGAGUUCGAAGACUUAUGUUUGGGAGACUCCCAAGAGCCUAAUAUAUCUGACGUUGAAACGCAGACUUCAGUUGGCACGCCACCUGGCAGCGAAACUGUGAAAAGUGUAAAAGUACAAACUGAUUGUCAAAAGACAAAUUCAAAACGAAACCGUUCGGACAGGAAUUCUCAAACAGAAAGCAAGAUAUCAAUUGAUAUUGGUGUACAAGCAGUUACCUCCAAAAUGAGUCAUUUUACUCAAACUGACCGCCAGCCAUCUUCGAGACUGGGCAGUGUGCAGUCCAGCGGAAUGGGCUCGACACAUACCUCUGGCCGUAAGACUGCCAUGUCCAUCAGACCAAAUACUUUAACUAAAGCGGACUUCGAGCCUCAAACAUACUGCGUUUCACAAGCUUUACCAGAAAAUACUGAUAAUGACACCAAGGUGUUAUAUACUGUGGACAUGACGUCACCUUUCGCUCACAUAGAAAGAGAGCUAAACGCUUCUUUUUCAGCUUCCAGAAAUCACCGUACCAGAAAAGGAAAUAUUCAUGAAAGUAUUGCAAGACUACUGGAAGAUGUGGAGGACACUUUUCGAUACGAUUCAAACUUAGUAACGAAACUUGGCUACAAGUGUACAAAAAAGACAGAGGCGGCUGUUCAAACAGACAAUGACCCAAUCACAGAUGAAGCCCCUGAGUUUGCUGCUCGUCCACCACCUUGUAAGAAAAAGGAGAUGAUCCCUAAUCCUGCAAUAUUUCGAGAGAUGGACCAAUAUGCAUUGCAGGUAUGA